AUGUCGUCCGUUCCUAUGUCGCAGCUCACGCCCGAGCAGCGUGACGAGCUGCUGUGCAUCUACUCAUCGCUCAUCCUAUACGACGAGGGUAUCGAGAUCAGCGCCGAUAACAUCACCAAGCUUAUCAAGGCUGUUAAUGUCAAUGUACAGCCUUUCAGGCCUAUGCUCUUCGCCAGGGCUCUAGAGGGCAAGAACAUCGGCGAACUCUUUGCUGGUGUAGGCUCCUCAGCAGCCGCGGCCCCUGUAGCUGCAGCUGGAGCUGCUGCCGCUGGUGGUGAAGCCAAGGAAGAGGCCAAGAAGCCUGAACCCGAACCAGAGGAGGAAGAGGAUGACAUGGAGGUAUUAUAUAUCGCAAUAUCGAUCGACAUAAUGGUAGUUGAUCCAAGUUGGGACGAUAUACCAGACGACUUCGUGCUCCCAGCCGGGAACGCAAAACGCGGCGCCAAACUAUUCAAGAAACAUUGUCAACAGUGCCAUUCUAUGCGCCCAGAUAAUCGGCAGACUUCAGGUUUUGCUACAGUAGGACCGACACUAUUCAAUGUGUACUGCCGGACGGCAGGCGCUAAGGGGCAUGACAGUGUCACUGGUAUCACAGCUACACUACAGAAUGCGGGUAUAGUAUGGACCGAUGCGAAUUUGAUGAGGUAUAUGAAGAACCCAGAACGUUUUGUAAGCUCAGUAGUGGGUAUGAACUUUUCAGGGUUACCUAAUUUCCAAGAUCGUGUUGAUAUAGUACACUUUCUCAGAGACCUAACACCAGAUGGUGCUGUGGGCAAGCGAAUCAUGGAGGAAUGCAAACGAAAAUAA